GCUGCUUCCCUUCAUCCAACUGCCAGAAAGGAACCCAAGCUACCUAUAUGUUCCCUGAGAUUUGCAAAAUUUCGGUACAACUUGGUUUCGGGGCCCAGUUUUCCACAGUCCUGGCCAACAGUUGAGUUUCAUUAAAUGGAUGUUGAACUCCCUGUUGUUUCUUCGUGACUCCAAGGAAGAGCCAGUGGACGCUGCUCCUUCAGGCUGUUUUCUGAAACGGAAAGAAACCGCUCCCCGGUGUGGAAAUGUACAGUGAAACUGAGGCUUGGGUUUCUCCUUGAUCAAAGAGCAAAUCACCUGUAGAGCAGACACUUGAAGGCUCUCCGGUUUCGACACUCGAAUCACGGAAAAUCCUGGAUUAAGAAGGUGACUGACAAAGCUCUGUAGUGCUCAAGCUGUCUUUCCCGGCCUCCACCUCAAUGUUCUAGUGCUUCUGGGCUCCCCGCCUUGGUGCGCCAGCGACUUUCUUCAGCCAAAGAGUGGCCGGAGUGGGAGGUCACACUGCCAUUAUGGCAGCAGAGCUAGGCGGGGGCUCCUGGGAGCCCCUGCCACAGAGUCAGCCCUGCCCCUGCGAUCGCUUCAAACACGCCUGCUGCCUCUGGGGAGGCUUCGUCUACCUCCACGGGGGACGGCGGACCUGCAGUCUGAGCGACUUCUGGCGCUACAGCCCAGAGAGGAAUGCGUGGGAGAUAUUGGACUGUUCAGGAAGAGCCCCAGAAGAACUAGAAGAACAUUCAAUGGUGGCAUAUCGGGGCACCAUCUACGUGUUUGGUGGCAUGAUGGAGUCAGCUUUCAGCCAAAGAAAAACCCCCCUCUGGAUGUACGAAAUAGAUUCUUCAAGAUGGACUGAGUGGCAGAAGCCAGACUCAGCGGAGGUAAGGAAUGAUCUGCUCCGAGAGGUACACAGUAUCUUCAAGAGCACCAGCCCAGCUAACAGGAAAGGUCACAGUGCUGUAGUGUACGCUGCCCACAUGUAUGUCUAUGGAGGGUUCUUUGACAUCAAAGGGACAUCCCAGGAGUUCUGGGCAUUCCAGUUUGAAACAAGGGAGUGGGCCCCUCUGUCUCUCGCCCCAGGCGACCCCAGCCCAGGGCCCCGCCACGGACAUUCGGCUGUAGUUUAUGGUUCGGGCAUGUACCUUUUUGGAGGACUGAUGGGGCUGAUGGAACAGAAGGACUUCUGGAGGUGGAACUUCACCAGCGGUACCUGGUCCAACAUCAAGGCCGUACUUGGCCCCCCCAAGGUAGUGGGGCAUUCGUCUCUCAUCUUUCAAGAUGCCAUGCUGAUUGUUGGCGGGGGGAUCCCCAACUCCGGUCCCCAAGGUUCCAUGUGGCGGUUUGAUUUUGGUUCCCACGUCUGGAAAAGGCCGGCCAGACCCUCCGACACUAUUCCCGCACCCAAAACCCAUCCCUGCAUUGUGGGCCUUGGCAGGGGAUUCCAACCGACAGUCCGGCGGGCCUUGUCCACACCCCCCAGCCUCCCGCGGCCCCAGCGGCAGAGGGCACCUUGGAAGAGGCCAGGAGGCUUCAGCAGCCCCGGAGAGCACAACACUGAGAUAGAAAUGAAAAUUCUGACGCAGACAUUUAGCCAGGAUCGUUCUGCAAGCCAAGCACGGAAAAUAGCCGAGGAGGAGCCUCUUCCUCAUCCCAAGACGGAGGCCGCAGCUGAAGGUUUUCAGGAAGAGAGAGGGGCCAAGGCGAGUCCCUUGCCUUCAGCCUCUAAUGAGCUUCCUGUAAUGCUGAUGAUUGGUGGGAAGCCCCUGGCCAGCUCCGCUGAUAUCACCCUGUGGCGCCUGACGCUCCCUGAUAAUUGAAGGUGUGGACCGGACGGACGGGAACGGGAGUGAUGCUCUGCUUCUGGACCAAGCCUAUGCUUUUCCUCUGGGAGAGAGAUGGUCACCUGACCCCCUUCUGCACACGCUUACUGACUCCAGGCUCCUCCACUCUAGACCCCCCAAAUGGACCUACCUCUAAGCCCUCAACUUCCUCGGGGCUGGUGACGAGGGUCUUUCAUUAGCCACUGCCAAGUUAGAACCUCGGAGACAUGGCCUCCAGAGCUCACCUGUCCUUUUCAUUUGGUGUUUGAUUCCUAAGGUGAGGAGGGUGGAUUUUUCUGUAGGCAAUUGGGGGGCCUCAGUCCAUCUCCUGGGUCAGGUGUAAUGGGGGGUCACACCCACUCUGCUCUGGGUAUUUUGUGUAAAUGUAGUCUUGUCCGAGGACGGCCGUCUGCCCCGGUAUUCUUCCAUCUGAAUGUAAAUCCACCUGAGCCGGUGACCACCCAUGGCUGAGACUGUGGGCAAGAAGUUUAGCCAUCCCCGUCCAUCGCUGUGGGAACGUAGCAGACCACCCAGCUUUGGACUUCCCAAAGAGCUCAAGCUGAACUUGUUUUGCCAUGUAGCUGCUUACCACUCCCAACUGCUCCAUUAGGCAGGUGUCCUGGAGAAAAUGUGCAGGAGCCCUUGCCAAAGGGGAUGAGUGGAGUUGUUCAUCGCCGGAAGACUCUGUCCCCUAGCUCAGAGGGGGAAGGGCAGGGCAGUUUUUUGCUAGGAUGGUCACACUAGCACAGAAAAAAGGGAAGCAGAUAAUCCUGGCCUAAAAGCGAUUGCAAGGGUGAUGUCGCUCUGGUCCCAGGAGGGUUUCACAUUUCAGUGCUGCACUUCCAAGUCGUCACCACCAUCUUUUGUCCUGUCUUCAACACUGUUCACCCAGUCCUGCUCAGGUUCUCCCCACCCGGUUCAGUAACCUCGGGUGGAUCUUCCCCUAAUAGAAGGAUGGGACCAAUUCACUCAGCCCCCCUGCAUAUUCCCCAUGCUGUCCACUGCAUCACCCCAUAGAGGCAAAGGGCUAACAGCAACAGGUUUCCCUCAGAGAGAAAAGAUGACCUUGGGGCGGUUGAGCUUUCCCCUGAAUGGCCUGCAUUCUUCAACCUGGAUCUCCCCUGCUCCCUGCAUACCUGGGCCCUCCCCAACUCCCUGUUAACCCCUGUACUGGCUCCAGAAGAUGGGUUGGAAGCCCCUUGGGGAAGCUUGUCUGUAUACAAAAAUGUCUUCAGAUGCCCCUGAACCAAGCUAAGCUUGUCAGGGAAUGUAUAUUUUCCACCUCGUGGAAACUUUCCUGCUUACCAGUGUGUCAGAGUUUUACUGCCUUAUCUCUGGUUGGACCAACAGGAAAGAAGAAUUGACCUUCAGUUUGUAAGCAGAUAGAAUAACAGUAUUUAAACAGUGAUAAGUAUUUAUUUAUCGAUCGUAUUUAUUUAAUGAGCGCUUACUGUGUGCAGAGCACUGUACAAAGCGCUUGGGAAGUACAAGUUGGCAACAUUUAUGAGGGCAACGAACUAUUUCAGUAUUGAUCUGAUAUCUUAACGUCGUAGCUGACAAAUGAGGUGGGAGGGUAACCAGAGCUGCUUUAAAAUUUCAAUAUAAAAUAUUUUAAGCUCAUUAUUCUUGUCCAUUUUCCCCCAUAUUAGCAAAGACACAAGAUCGCCGUCUCCUAGUUAACCAUCUGUUGUCUUGACAGGAAAUAAAGAAUGAACAUUCUCUCCUAUCAAACCUGA